CAUAGACGAGGGUCAUUAGACUCAUCAGGGAUGAAGAGAGAGAGCACAGAUAUAAAAACACACUCAGUAGGAUCAGGAACUAACAACCUCACGCUUGCGCUGUGAUUAACUGCUGCAGAUUGUUGAUCUCAUUUGUAUGUUGAUAUCAAGCAACAGAGAAACCCAGUGGUCAGUGCUUUAUAGAUGGGAAAGAAAGAGUGACUGAGGCACUAUUUCUUCCCGCAUCUUUCUGAGAGUUUUCAGCGUUGGACAAUGACUACUUCACCUGGAGAACUAGACGAGCUGUGCUAUCUCUCAGCUCAGUCUAUGACAUCACUGGUGACAUCAGAUCAUUUCAAAAUUAUCAAAAAGCUGGGCGAAGGGUCAUACGGCAAAGUGAUGCUGGCCGUGCAUAAGAAAAGAGGAACGGCAAUGGCUCUGAAGUUCUUCCCUCGCUGCUCUACCAGUCUCCAAGCUUUCCUGCGUGAAUACAAUCUCUCCCUUUCUUUUUGCACACAUCCCUCUCUGACACGGGCCUUGGGAAUCUUCUUCUCAACGCCUGGUCACUAUGUCUUCGCCCAGCAGGCUGGUCUUUAUGGUGACCUGUACAAUGUCAUCGUGUCUGAGGAGGGGGUGAGUGAGGAGUGCACCCAGCGCGUGAUGUCCCAGUUGAGCGGUGCUGUGUCACAUCUCCACUCUCUUGGCUUCAUUCACCGUGACAUAAAACCGGAGAACGUGUUCUUGUGUGACCAAGCUUGUCGGUGGGUCAAACUGGGCGACUUCGGCCUGGCUAGGCCGCAGGGGACCCAGGUCCGAGCCGUUUGGUACAACUCUCCUUUCUGUGUCCCUGAGGUGGAGAAUGCUAAGAGAAUCAUUGAGGCAGAGGAGGAAGAUGAAGUAAAAGAUAUCUGGAUGUCAGUGGAGCCCUGUUUAGAUAGUUGGGCUUUGGGAAUUCUUGUAUUCUGCAUGUUGACUGGCUGCUUUCCGUGGGAAGAGAGCACUUCGGAUGACCUUUCCUACUGUGCGUAUAGAGACUGGUUUAACAAAAUCAAACAGAGGGAGGAAGUAUCACAUAAUUGUGAAAAGCAUGGAGGAGACACUGUGGGUGAGGAGGCUGAGAUAGAGGUGGCCUCACAGUUUGACUCUUUAAGCUCAUUGGUCCUCACCCUACUUAGGCAACUGCUCCACCCACUGCCCUGGCUCCGUGCUGGACCAGAUGAGAUCCUGUCCUACCUUGGGGGACCUUGGUUGCUUAAAACAGAGAAAGAAGAGAUGAGGAGAGAACAGGAGGCGCGAGAGGAGGCCAAGAAGAUGCAGGAAAGAGGAGGGGUCGUGAAGGAAAAAGAAAUAUUGGGAAGGAGGGAGAGAUAAAGAUAAUGUACAAUAAGAUUUUUAUAAAUAGAUGUAAUUUAUAUUCAAGAGUUUUUAUAUGUUGUUUGUUUUUUUGGAUAAUGUAAUGUAUAGAAGUUUUGUACAUAAGUUGGUAUUUUUGUAACAGAAAAGGAUGCAUUGAUAUAUUGGCCAAUAAUCGGUGGCCCUCUACACAUUUUUCACACUAUUGGCUGGCUGAUAGUUUAAAAACAGACCAUGAUCAGGGCCGGUAUACCCCGAGGAUGGGAAAACGCAAUGAAUG